AGCCCGUAUCAGCUUCCCCCCUCAAAUGAAAAAUUCUAACUCCCCAAAAUUAGGUUUCCCUCUAUCUCAUUUUCACUUUCCCCCUUCUCUUUCAUUGAAUCGCACCCACUCCCGCCUCCUACCUUUUUGCCCGCUGCUUCGAUCCUCCGUUCUUCACUUUCCAGCCGAUGAAGAUGAAGCUUGCUCCGCCGGAUUCAUUCCAUCGUUGUAUUCGCUUGACGGCCGCUGCUUCGAUCCUCCGUUCUUCACUUUCCAGCCGAUGUAGAUGAAGCUUGCUCCGCCGGAUUCCUUCAAUCGUUGUCUCUCUCAUCGGGCGAUUCGCUUGACGACCUUCACCGCCGGUCUCCUCCCUUCACGACCUUCACCGCCUGCCGCCUCAGCAACCACCAAUCGCUGUUAUCGAUUGAAAUUAUCUCAAGGUAUUGUAAUCGAACCAGCUCACGUUCUUUUCCUCUCCAUCUGUCUGCCUCUCGAAUCCAGCUAGCAUAACAAAUUUGGUGAAGAAGGAGACGAAAUUGAUGUAACUUGCACUUCUAGGAGCUGGUAAACAACCUCAGAAAUCAAUCGCAAUAUGGAAGAUCUCUUACGAGGGAAUAAAUCUUCAUCCAAGGGUUUAAGGGCUAUAAAAAGUUAUACUUCUGAAUGGAUUUGCUCAUGUAAGUGGACAUCCAUUUGUAUGAAUUUUUUUUUUAUGUAAAUUAAGUACUAGUAAUAUCUUGUACAAAGUAGGAUAAUGCAUUCAAGUGUAUUGUAUGUGUAUGAAUUGUAUUUGUUUGUAUUUAAAUUACUUUUAUGAAAUAAAUUGAGUAAAUACAAAGUACAAUGCUGUAACCG